CCCUGCCUCUCAUCAUACUCACGAUUCAUAAAAGAGUCAAGACUGACUCACCAGUCACCUCACCUUAAGCUCUGCUCUAUCUUCUCUUCACCACUGAGUCAAUCCCCUGACUCGACUCUUUCCUUUUAUGGAACUCAAUCACGUUCUCACUCCAGCCUCCAUCGCCGUGAUUAUGUAGAAAUCUUGAAACCUUGCUCUGUUGACUUCAACUUUCCACGAUUUGGAUGGCUAACUUCAACUGGAUUGCUCUUCUUCUAACACUUUCUUGUUUGGUUCCUUCUCUUCACGCUAGUGCCGGUGAUGCUGAUCCGAUUUACAAGGCUUGUGUGGAGGAGUGUGAGAAAACUGGAUGUGUAGGAGCUAAAUGUUUCCAACACUGUAACUUCUCAUCUGACGGGAAACCUAUGGGUGGACCGUGGUAUCUUCAAGAACCACUUUAUAUCAGGUGGAAACAAUGGGACUGCAGCAGUGACUGUCGAUAUCAAUGUAUGCUUGUUAGGGAAGAGGAGAGAGAAAAAGUUGGUGACAAGCCUGUCAAGUAUCAUGGGAAAUGGCCAUUCCGUCGUGUUUAUGGUAUCCAGGAACCUGUUUCUGUUGCUGUCUCUGCACUCAAUCUUUCCAUACAAUUUCAUGGUUGGUUGUCCUUUUUCAUCCUUCUAAACUACAAGUUGCCGUUGAGGCCGGAUAAGAAGGCCUAUUACGAAUAUACUGGUUUGUGGCAUAUCUAUGGAAUACUAGCAAUGAACUUUUGGUUUUGGAAUGCUGUUUUCCAUAGUCGAGAUGUUGAGUUGACAGAGAAGUUAGGCUAUUCAUCUGCUGUUGCAUUAGUUGGGUUUACAUUUAUUCUAGCAAUACUGAGAGCUUUUGACGUGAGAGAUGAAGCUUCCAGGGUUAUGGUUGCUGCACCACUGAUUGCAUUUGUGACAACUCACAUCUUGUACCUGAAUUUCUUUAAUCUUGAUUACGGACUGAACAAGAAAGUUUGUGUGACCAUGGGUAUAGCUCAACUUCUCAUAUGGGCAGUAUGGGCUGGUGUCACCCGUCAUCCAUCACGCUGGAAACUGUGGGUGGUUGUUGUUGGAGGUGUUGUAGCCAUGCUCUUGGACAUAUACGACUUCCCACCUUACUGGGGUUUUGUUGAUGCUCAUGCUUUAUAUCACGCCACUAGCAUCCCUCUCACAUACCUUUGGUGGAGCUUUAUUAGGGACGACGCCGAGUUCAGAACAUCAACUCUCCGCAAAAAAGUUAAGUAACCGUUUCUUUAUCCAGAAGCACAUGCUUAUCAGAUGGUAGAUUGUAUCAAAAUCCGUUGACAUGCCCAUCCGUCACUUCAACAUCAGAUUGUAUUCUUUGUCACCUGAUGUAACUUUUUUCUCCAGAAUCGCAGGUCCUGUUGUUUCAAAAAUUUUUGUUUUUGAUGUUGCAUCAUUUCCAUGGAGUAUGUGGGAUAUCUCAUUGUGUUUGUUAUUCCUCUGAAGAUAAUAGUUAGAUUUGGUAGGUAGAAGACUCAUAGAACUAUGGUACCUUAAUUUUGUUGUAAAUGCUGGUUUAUGUUGUUGAUGAUGGGAUAAUAUAACUAAAUGCGGGAUUAUGUGGUGAA